CUCGACGCUCGUGCAAAUUGAGGCGUAAGCUUAAUGGUGACCACUGACUGGCCGGUGUGUGUAUGCGCCACUGGGCUUUUGAUUUGACUUCUAUCUAAUUACCUGUCUUACAUUCUUCCGCUCUUUCUUUUUUGCCUGUGCCGGCCUGCCCAUCUUACCGUCUGAUGUGCAUAUGCCUCACCUUUGCGCCGCCUGGUUGCCUUCGCAUGGCGAGCUUUCCGUCUCACCAUCUUCUUCUUUUGCCAUACUCUGCGUGCGUCCCCUACGCCGCGCUGUAGUGUAACCGUGGAACGCGAGCGAGCCCUCUCAAGAUCCAGCGCGGCGGAGAUCCCUCAGCUUGUAGCGCUUCGCGCCCCGAGAUUGCCCCAAACAUGCCCAAACCAUCGACAGCAAGCCUCUUCAAGAAAGUCUUGGGCGGGAAGAAGGACGAGUCGCCGAAUCCAAACACCGUCGUAAGCCCUCUGUCGCCGGAGCAGCAGUACCAGCAGCAACUUCAACUAUCCGAUGCCCAAGCGCAGAAUGGAAGCGCCUACUAUAGUCAACAGAAUAAUGGCUAUCGUCCAGAUCCGCCCUCGCAAUUCCAACAGCCGCAGAUCCCUCAGCCUCAUGCGUCUCCUUACGGCCAACAGUAUACAUAUCAGUACGCUCAGCAGAACUACUCAUCUCAGCACCAAUACCCUUCGCCUGCGACCUCAUACACCCAAUCGCCCCCUUCUCAGCAAUAUGGCUAUAGUCCUGCGCCGCAACAGCAAGUGUACAGUCCACAAUACCAGCAGUUCGUUCCUCUGUCUCCUCCGCCCGCUCCACAACAAGCUCUCCCCGUGAGCAAUCGCGUUGGCGAGCGUUCCGCCUCGGAUGUGUUCCAGUCUCAUGCCGAGUCACUCAUCAAUCGUGCCGACUACAAUGGUGCCAGAAGCAUGUACAACAAGGCGCUGAUGUAUCAGCCUGCCUCUCCCAACCUCCUAGCAGCGCGCUCCUUUGCACACAUGCUGUCCACGCCGCCGAAUUUCGAUGCUUCGUUGCGAGAUGCAGAGGCUGCCAUACAACUUGACCCAACAUACUACCGAGGCUGGCUACAGCAAGGAGAGAUCAGGUUAAGGAGCGGCGACAUUCAAGGAGCCCUAGAUGCAUACGGCGUGGCAGUAGACUGCGCACAAGGAGAGGAAGAGAAGAAGACUGCACAAUGGUCGCAUCAAAAUGCGAGGCAGAUAUUGGGGGUAGACGCGAUAUCUGAUUGGAAAGAGCCAGAGUCAGACCAGUACCAGCAAGGCCAGGGUCAAUACAUGCGCGACCAGAAAGGCGAAGGCGAAUACAGACACCAGCUUCCCACAAGUCCCCAGAGUCCUCAAAAUGGGCAAUCAGUAAUGUCGGACCAGCAACAGUCACUGUCUUUGCAGCAGUCACCCCCAACUUCUGUCCCCAAUCAACAACAAUUCAAUCCACCAGUGAUACGGGAACGAGAGCAGUUGCAGUACUCACAGAUCUACUCGCAAGGUCCACGGCGACGCUCACCCAAUUCAGAGAGACUUCGCGAGCAAGCUAGUUCUGUAGACGUGAAACAAAGUGCCUCAGAGGGUCCUCGACAGUCUCCGCAAAUCGUCCAACCGGAAAUGUCAUCGUCUCCAAACAAACAACAGCGACCGAUCGUACGAAAUCCCUCUAUCGAUUCAAACUCCAGUGAUAGCUCGGAUUCAACGAUGUCUACUCCUCCAUCAGAGGAGAAAGCUAGACCGAAGGCUAGAUCGCCGGAGGAGAGGAUUACAUCCAAAGCUGCAUCCUUACCUCCACCAUCAUUACCCAUGGAUCCUCCUAUCAAGACCGCAAGCCCUGUAGUUACGACAUUCGCAGAGGCGGCAACAUACCGACGCGGUCCCGGGGUAGGGACACCCGGGGGCUCGGCAUAUAAGAAGAGUCCUCUUGCAGGAACGUUUGCGGAUUCCGCUUCCUACAGACGAGCCUCUACCACGCCUACAGGAAACGGAUCGAGGUCAUCUGGGGAUACCUUGCUACCGCCAAAGCCCAUCAUCCUUCAGGACGUGCCAAAGAAUCGCAAUCAACAGAACAAGUCUCCAGGUCAACCCAAGCAACACUCGCCUUCAGAGGGAGCAACCUUUGAGCCAUCGACUCGCAAUUCCCGGGGAACUCCACCUCAGCCUUCAAUUCCGUCGCCUGCACCACGGCAGGAUUCGCUGAUUCCUGGGAGCAUAAAUGAGGCGCCGCGGAAGACGUCCAUCCAGAAUCUGUACCACGCAACCGAGGAACCAAACCACACGCAGAAGGCAAUGAGUAGUCUUGAGACGGAAGCGCAAAUGUCGAAGGCAAAGUCGCCAGCGUUGAAUGGCAUGCCGCAAGUGAGCCAAGCAUCUGGCUCAACAUCCAGUGAUACAUCAAAAGUACACUCAGAAACUCAACUACGACAAGGCUCCCCAAGCAUACAAACACAGCCUCUCACCAAAGUCCAGUCGCAACAACCACCCCGUCCGGAUAGACAGCCCAUUGUGAGACGUAAUUAUACUGCCGCCACAGUUGGCAGGACUGCUGUCUCUCCCCUCCCAUAUGGACUAGCAGAGAUAGUGGAGCAAAUGGCUUCCUACGAACCCGAGUCAUAUCACUCUGGCUAUGCUGGCAGUGCUCAAAUGAGGAUGAGUCAUGAUAAACUACGUGAGCGACUGGCAAGGCUUCAUUUUGUUCUUAGCAAGAAAAGCAAGGGUAGUUUGGCCUUGCGCCCAUAUACAGCUACCGGCAAUGUAGAUGCAGUCAAGUUGUUCUUUGUUGGCUUGAAGCAGACUGAACUCACUGAAAGAGAGGUACCUCCACCGUUCUAUCUCCAUCCUAGCUUCAAAGCAAUGGCAGUCGACCAACAAAGCUUUCCAGGAAAUACCUUCCUAGACAUGGAUUGUGAGAGCUCAUGCUUCUACCAAGGAAAAUGGCCUGGAACUGUGUCAGUCUCGGGGUAUUCCGAGGAAUACAGAGAGCAUCAGCUAAAUCUCUCGCCCUUAGCAGAAAUCGCUCUCGAAGGAUCUGUAAUACCACCAUUAGCAUCGCUCGACCGCAUUGUGGAGCGUAUUCGGAGUCUACAGACCGAAGAUACUGAAGAUCCGGAUGGUCUUCGUGAAAUGCUUGGAAUUUCUGAAUUUAUCAGUCUUCAGGCGGGAAUAUACAAAGAUCCCGUGCAAGCCUCGCGCCAGAGCCAGAUCGAAUCUAUCUGCUUAGGCUUGAAUCAUGGUAUUGCAGAAGAUCCUGACCGCUUUGUUGACUUAACCAAGUCCCGGGACGUCAGCAGUCAUACCCUCGGUGGAGCUCUUGAAGGUGUAGGACUCCACAACUUUCUCUUCCAGGUCCUUCUCGGCGCUGAGCUUCUUGUCCGCCUACGCAAGGAGCCACGCAACAUGGGCUACUCAGGCCUUAUUACAGAUACAAUUUCCGCACUGCUAGUCCUGUCGGGCACAUGGCUGCGUAACGUAACCAUCAACGGACCAGUCCCCACCACAUCCCCCGACUCCUCUGCCUUACCCUACACGCUGUUCUCCAAAGUCCAUGGCGAACAAGCCCAGGGCCUCAUCAAAUUCGCGGAGGCCAUAAAAUGGCCUCUUUAUCUCGAGGCCAAACCUACCAUCGAGCGAGCCUACCGGGAACUUAUCGCUGGCCAUCACGUAGGCUAUGAUAUGUGCGACUGGCUUUUCGGCCUGACGCUCCCCGGCAAGAUUUUUCGCCAUCGUAUCAUGAGCGUGCUUGUCCACGCCUCGCCCUCUAUUCGCGGCUUUGGUGGCGCUCCCUUUUACGCCGACGGUCUCGUCGUACGUAACUCAUCGUACUGGCCCAAACGUACCGUGCUGGGCCGCGUCCUCGGCGCUCAUCGCGACGCCGGAUCUGUAUGUGGCUGGAUCGGGCCUCUGCCCGCACCCACUGGUGUGCCCGAGGGAUGGGUCCGUAUCAACGCAAAACGUACACUGCCGCCCACGCCGUGCGAUCCAAAAACAGAUAUUCUUGAAAGUCUUGGCUUUGCGGCUGCCGCAGACCCAGGAAGUCAUAACGUGCCGCAAUUCACGGAGCCUGUGGAUAGUCUCCUGACGAGUCUAACGGAUUCCGGUGCGUACGUCGUACCCGUGCCGCCUACGCGUGACGAUCGCCGGAAGAGCGAGCUCAAGGAGAUCCGUCUCAUGGAGCUUUCGGCGCCUGGCACGGCCCUCAGUGCAAAAAGCUCUGGGGUCACCGAGUAUCGCGCAAUCCUCCAUUUCAGCGUGAAUAGUGUGCCUGUAUCGUAUACUCUAUACAACGUCCCGUUGUUUGUUAGCCCGCAUCCGUGCAGGGGAAGCCCGGAUUCACGCAAGAUAGGCUCGGACCCGUGCAAGGGAGCGCAUGUUUUGCAUAAGAAGCAUGCGAAAAGGCUAUUAGAUAGUGCGGUGAAUGUCAGUCAACUGAAGGACUUGUAUAGUGCGAAGGACAGCUUUCUGCUUAUUGAUGCAAUGGGGGAGGGUGAAGAGUUGGUUGCGAGGGCAUGGUGUAGCGAGCGUGCGAGGUCCGCGGUCGUGAGGCGGGGAGAAGAUACAUGCUUUGCGUGUGCGGCGAGCAUGGCAGAAGGCAGAGGCGGGGUGGGCUUUAAUGUGCUGAUCUGGGCGCGUUAGCCACUGCGAAUCCAUCAGCCAGGAAUCAGAGCGAUGUAGAAACGCAUACGAGGAGACCUACAUCGAGAGAGACUUUGUUUAUAGCGUAGGAUUUCAGGGUAGCGUGGAGUUGGGAGAUGUCGUAUAUAUCCCCUGCUGCUUCCUCGGCUUUGAGUAC